AUGCAUACACUCAAAGCCACGGCGUCUUCCUCGCUCUCACUCGCCCAGGACAAUUACAUCUACUCCAUUGCUUCAUCAAGCCCAGGCUCAUUCGCAGCCAUUGCUUCAGACGACUCCCUGCGUGUGUUUGAUGCCGCUAGCCUUAGCCAUGUCUCUGUGGUGGCUGCCGACGCCCACAAGGGAGUCACGUCGUUGAAAUCGUAUGAUGCGGGUCAGCAACUGCUUGCUACUGGAGGAAGAGACGGGAGGGUGAAGCUUUGGGAUCUGCGGAAUGGCAAGAGGUCGGCAGUUGUAGAGGUGGAGACAUCAAGAGACGCACCAGUUCUAUCUAUAGCCUGUUGUCCUGCAACGAACAGCCUCGUAGCCGGCACUGAGCUUGUCUCUUCUCAGGCUGUUGUUGCUUUUUGGGAUGUCAGAUCCCCGGGUCAAUCUCGACUUCAAUACGUUGAAAGCCACAAUGACGAUGUCACUGAGCUCCAAUAUCACCCGACAAGGAACAAUAUCGUGCUUUCGGGAAGCACGGAUGGUCUAGUCAACAUCUAUAACACCGAUAUUACAGACGAAGACGAGGCUCUUGUACAAGUUAUCAACCAUGGCUCAGUACAUCACGCCGGUUUCUUAAGCGAGAGGACCAUCUACGCUCUCAGUCACGAUGAAGUGUUCUCGAUUCAUCCGGCUACGGAUCCGGAAGAAGAGACGCAGGAGCCUAAUCCUGUGCAGUUCGGAGACUUGAGACAGCCCCUAGGCUGUGAGUACAUUGCUCAGUUAUGCAUUGGCAGUCAGGGCCCCUAUAUUGCUGCUGGCCAUAAAAUGGAGAGGCGACUGGACUUGGUCCCUCUUACCUCAAACCCAUCGUGGCAAUUCAAUCAAGAGAACCUGUGGCGUCUUCCUGGCGCUCACGGCGAGGAGGUUGUACGUUCCAUCUAUUUGGACGAACAGUCCCAAUCAGUAUUUACCUGCGGCGAGGACGGAUUCGUCCGCGCAUGGAAGCCGGAGUCCGGAGAUGCGCAGGGCGAUGAUUCCUCAAACAAGACUGCGCGGCCGAAAAAGAAUAAGGAUAAGGGACGGUUCAAACCCUAUUAA